AUGGCCAACAACAACCUGAACCGCCCGCUCAACACUAAUGCUGCCGAUCCUUCCAACUCCGGCUCAAUGCCUGGCACUGCUCCGCCAACCCCAGGUACUGCUCCGCCACCGCCGCAGCCACCGCCGCAGUCUUCCAGCAACCCACAAGUGCUCGGCUACCAGGCUCCCAGCGCCUUCGGCCGCACCGGGGACUGCUCGUCCAGUUUCGCGAACAGCUACGAUAAUGGUCAGUUAAGGGCAACUGGUGCGGUGUCCUGGGAAGCCCCCCAGGAGCCCUCAGAGGCUAAUGAGGUGGCACAGGUCCACCCCGGGAAGGGCGAACCUGGCCUGCAGCAGAAGCCUAAGCAGCAGAAGGUGAGCGGCUCCCAGGCCACUUCUGAGCGCUAUAAGACUGAGCUGUGUCGGCCCUUUGAGGAAAGCGGCAUUUGCAAGUACGGCAACAAGUGCCAGUUCGCGCACGGCUACCGCGAGCUGCGUACCCUGUCAAGGCACCCCAAGUACAAGACGGAGCCUUGCCGCACCUUUCACAGCGUUGGCUACUGCCCCUAUGGCACUCGCUGCCACUUCAUUCACAACCAGCCUGAGCAGCAACCUGUGCCUUUCGAGAGCGCCUCGGAGGAGCCGAGCUCCUUCAAUGGCUCCAAUGCGCAGCUUUUGGGCGUUAACGGGGAGCAGCAGCCCGUACUGCAGAGUGACAGCCCUUCGGGCUUCCUGUCGGCCAACAGCCAUGCCCUCCAGGCACCUCCGCUGGACAACCAGGAGGCGUUGAGCUCGGGCGGGGUUCUGCCCUCGUCACACUCUGAAGCCUCCAACCUCCGGAUGAUGUGCUGCAGGACCUCCUCCUCUACUACAGCCAACGACACCAGCAAAGACCCCGGCAAAGACCCGUGCAACGACUGCACCAACAACGCUCUCACCAUCUCCCAGGAGCAGGGUGACUUCUCGCCUGUGACACUCCAGAACCCUAACUUUGCUACCACAACUCCCACUGCCUCCUACAACAACCAGCAGCAGAUGGGCCCGGCAGCUUCCGCGCAGUUCCAGAUGCCCCUCACCGGGCCUCAGCCUUCAGCCACCAUCUUUGGCCAGCCUGGUGUUGGCCCCACAGCUGCUGCCCUCGCUCCUGGGGCAGCCAUGGCUCCUAGGGCUGCCCUCGCUCCUGGGGCUGCCCUCGCUCCUGGAGCUGCCCUCGCUCCUGGGGCAGCCAUGGCUCCUAGGGCUGCCCUCGCUCCUGGGGCUGCCCUCGCUCCUGGAGCUGCCCUCGCUCCCAGAAUUGCCAUCACUCCCGGGGCUGCCAUCACUCCAGGAGUUGCCAUUGCUCCAGGGGCUGCCACAACGUCUACUGGCAUAUUGGCUCCAGGUGCUGCAACUGCCACUGUGAAUAAUACAUCCUCGACUGCUGCCACUGCUGCAGAGGUUGCCGCACCACACUUCACCUUCCAACUACCACAUGUUGAGUCAGAGUCUGAGUCCGAGUCGCUAGAGUUCGACGUGGUCACCAGCAACCUGGAUUCCCUGUUGGUCACUGAUGACGAUGAUGACGACUUUCUGAGGGGUUCCUCGAGCCACAGCAGCCACAGUGACUCCGAAUUCGACAACACCAACUCCAGCCGCCGCCUGCCCAUCUUCCGCCGCUUCUCAGACUCUGACAAAUAA